GAACCAUCGCCAAUCCCCCUUCGCGGGUACGUAACAAAAUUUGAAGGAAGAAGAAGUAGAAGAAGAAAUACGUACCAGUUCGAUGCAGCACGUACUCAACCUGCCCGCUUUCUACUAUGUGGACAGUUCACCUUUGCUCGCCUCGGUGGCUAUUGGCAGCGUCCUGGACUACUUGCACCGGCGCUGGCCAACAUGGCGGCCCGCAGCGUCCACAUAACGCGCUUCCAGAAGACUUGGUUGGGAUCGGCGCUCGCCGUGGGCGCCAUCGCGGCCUGCCUUGUGAGCGGAUUCCUCUUCGAGCACUUGCGAUGCGUGAGGUCAACCCAGCUGUCACCGCUGGGCUUCAUUGGCGGCUGCCUCUGCAUCGGGCUGUGCAACGCCAGCCUUCCAUGGAUAUUCGCGGGUCUCGUGCUCACCGGCUUCUGCUGCGGCCUCGUUUCGCUCGCGGUUCCCGUGUUUGUGGCCGAGACCAGCCCGCCGCAAGUUCAUGGCCUCCUCGUCUCCGGCGUGCAGUUGGCCAUCAAGAUGGGCGCGCUGGCAGACUUCGUAGGCGGCAAGUGGCUCUACUGGCUGGCCCUCGCUCUGCUGCGUACCGUGGGCGCCGUGCUCACGGCCGUCUCCAUGGCGUUCGCCGUCGGCUCCCCCAGCUGGCUGGUGACCUACGGCCGACUCGACGAGGUGCUAUACGCCCUGCGAUUCCUGUACGGGCCAAGGUUCUGCGCCGGAUCCGAGUGCCUGAUCUACGGGGAUAGCUUGCUGCGUCAGCCGGCUGCCGUCGGACACCUGCUGCAGCCCAGCUUCUCGCUGCCGCUCGCCUACACGCUCCUGCUCGUGUUCGUCGACCAUUUCCGCGGCACCAACAUUAUCACCUUAUGCGCUGCCAAGACAUUGGAGCGCUACGGGUCGGUGACCUCGGCCGCCGGCUGCACGAUUAGGUUGGGCGUGGUGGAAGUAAUGUCGUUACAUACAUACGUACAUGUUCUUGUUUGUAUAUUUGUGUCGCGCGCUCAACCUGCCCGCUUUCUACUAUGUGGCCGGUUCAUCGUCGCUCGCCUCGGCGGGCAGAGUCGGCGGGCAGGGCCGUGGCGGGCUCGCCACGGGCAGAGUCCUGGGCUGCUUGCACCGGCGCUGGCCAGUAUGGUAGACCGCGGUGUCGACAUGACGCUGUUCCAGGAGGCUUGGUUCGGCUUGGUGCUAAAGGCUUACUCGGUGCUAGCCGUGGGCGCCCUCGUGGGCAGCCUGGUGAGCGGCUUCCUCGCCGAACGCUUCCGACGCGUGCGGCCCAUCCAGCUGUCGUCGCUUGGAUUCGUGGGCGGCUGCCUCUGCAUCGCGCUGUGCAACGCCAGCCUGGAUCGGUUGCUGCGUUUGUGCUCCGGCGUGCAGUUGGCCAUCACGCUGGACGUGCUGGUCGCCUUCGUCCACGGCAAGUGGCUCGAUUGGCUGGCCCCCGCUCUGCUGUGUACCGUGGGCACCGUGCUCGUGGCCGUCUCCAUGGCCUUCGCCAUCGAGUACCCCCCCGGGUGGCUCGUGACCCACGGCCGGCGCGACAGGGCGCUCGACGCUCUGCGAUUACUGUACGGGCCAAAGUACUGCGCCGAGGCCGAGUGCCUGACCAACGGGGCUAUCUUGCUGCGUCAGCCGGCUGGCGUCGGAGACAGGCGGCAGCGCAACUUCUCGCUGCCGCUCGCCUACACGCUCCUGCUCAAGUUUUUUCCAACAGUUCAGCGGCAUCAACGUUAUCACCUUCUACGCUGUGAAGAUAUUCGAGUUGCCCGGUUUGAAAUUUCUGCCGCCGACUGCACGAUUAUGAUGAGUGUGGUGCGAGUAAUCUCGUCGCUCGCAGCAUCGCUGCUCGUCGACUCUAUGGGUCGCCGCGGCCUCGUGCUUGUCUCGUCUCUAAUUGUGAUGGCCAGCCUGAAGGCGUCGGGCUUCUUCUACUACAAAGACAUGGACAAUGAAGAAUUCCGCCAUCGCUAUUUCUACGUGCCGCUCGCGUCGCUCACGACGCAUAUUGCCACUUCCUGCCUCGGUCCGCUGCCAUCGGUCGUUAUGGGAGAGAUUCCAACACCCAGAGCCUACAGUCUCUUCCCCGGUGUCAGCACCGCCUUCUGCUUCUUCUGCGAGUUGCUUAUCACCAAGGAGUUCCAGGACUUCGCCCGUUAUUCAACUUUCCCGUUCUCUUCUGGAUGUUCGUGUUGGCCACUGUUUGCAGGUCAUCUUCGUCUACAUGUGCAUUCCAGAGACCAAGGGGAAGUCUCUCGAAUACAUCAGUCAGGUAUUCGAGAGCCUUCCGGAGUUCGGUUCUAGUGACACUCAAUUUCAUCCAGUCUCGACUGCGCCUUCUUUCGAGUGUCUCACGGUGUAGGGAAGUCACCUGGUUUUU